UAUUAAAAUGGAUUUUAAAAAAUUAAUACCUUUUAAUUGUAUAGUGCUCCUCACUAGUAGCCCUGUGAGACGAUUUCUGAUUUCAGCAUGGAUUUUGCAUAUGUGGUUGAGCUAAUCAAAGCAAAUGUCUCUUUUCUGUAAUUACCAACAAGGUUUGAUUAACUUGCACAGCAUUUCAUUUGUAAUAAGCUACAAUUAUACAAAAGAAAUCUGUCCAUAUCAGUCCAAAAUAUAUUUUUAUGAUUCAUUGUUCCUCAGAUUAAUUUCACAAACAUUCUUUGUGGACUCAAUUUAAUGAAUAUUUUCCUUUGAUUCAUGAAAAAAAAGAAAAAGAAAAAGAAGAACAUGAUGGAAUGUGGACAGUAACCAGAGUCUAAAGUCUGAUAGAUAAGUGUAUAUAAAAGUAAUGUGAUCUUUGCUUGAUCACCGCGUAUGACUGGAUAAAGAUGGAGGGGAGUCCAGUGGCUGUGCACGCAGUCUGCAUUCUCCUGGCUGUUCUCAGCUUGGGACUCACAGAAAUGUUUGUGAAGGCAGCGGCAGGACAUCAGGGCGUCUUUGCUGGUUUGUUUCAGACAACCACACAGAAUGUUUUAAAAACAUUCCCCAUUGAAGUCUCUCUGGAUGGCUGGGUUGGUUCAACCUGGAUUAUAUUGAAUGUGUGGACAGCUGGGUGGCUUGUGUAUGCCUUCUCUACGGUCAUCCGAAGGAACAUAUUUGGUCCAAUUUGCUGCAACCCUGAAAUCCAUCCUCCAUCUAAUUAUUUGAUUUGGAUUUUUAUCAAUACUUUAAGGAUUUGCUGGCUGUUCCUCUGGGAUAGACAAUACAUUUCAGUAGCCAUUGGUGUGAAAAUGCUUGUCCCAAUCUGCAGCUAUUAUAUGCUGUUUGUUUCUUAUCGCAACCUUCAUCGACAUAACACUUGGCUUACAAUCAACUGCCCAAAUGAAAGAUGGUACAUUCGGUUCAUGACUCAAAAUGGACUGGCUCUCUUUGCAUCCUGGACUUUCAUAGAGGCCCUGAUAAAUGUGGGCGUGGCUCUGAAGUACAGGGUGGGCCUCCCGGACCCACUCGUCAGUGCAAUAGUUCUCACAGUGCUGCUUUUGGGGAUGCUUCUCUGGUUUGUUUUUGAAAGCUUCAUCUUUUCGCAAUAUAUCCUCUACACCUUCACGGUUUUCCCUGUGGCAGUUCUUUGUCUGGGUGCGAUGUUCACGAACAGCUAUCGCUUUGAUGACUUAGCACCAAUCACCAUUUAUUGUGGAUUCCUGAUGAUUGUCGCCACAGUUCUGAAUUCCAUCCGUUUAGUUGCGGUCUGCUUCUACAAACAGACAAAACCCACGAUUCUCUCGCUACCUUCCUUUCCACCAGCAUAUAACGGUGAGCCUGUGCAUAAACUGAAGGUCCAUGAGAAUAUGAGUGGCAAGUCUGGUGUUGUAAAUAACCAGUUCUCUGAGAACUGACAAAGAUUAAGUAUUUAUAAUACGUAUCAUGGAGGUCCUCGGGAGUGUCUAUGUUCAUCAACACAUAGCAACUCAUCGUUCAACAUUAGAUUACAUUAUGUCGGCUUGCCAUUGAAGGCUGUGGAAGAAUAUAAUGUUAUUUCUAUGCCAAAGGAAAAAAAAAACUUUAACAUUAAAAGUUAUUGUGUAGAUGGUUUAAGGUUUAUUUGACUAAACUUCAUGGUCAGCUCAUAUUAUAGCAUUUGCCUAGUUUCCCUCUUACACAGCUGGGGGAACCAUUGUGUAUCUUUAACAAACAACCCCAGCAAAAACAACGUAGCAACCACAGCCGGCAGUGGCUAUGGGCAGGAGUGGGCUCAGCCCACCCAAACGUGCGUCUUGCCCACCCAAUCAAAAGUUAAAAAUAAAAAAUAAAAAAUCUGAUGCAGUGUACUGCCGGUUGAUUUAAUUAGUGCUAUUAGCCCCCCCGUCGACCGCACUGGGUGACACCAACCCUAGUGACUCCACUAUGCCCAAGUUGCCCACCUAUUAUUUCUACCGGCCCACCUUAAUAUAGCAGGCUAGAACCGGCCCUGGGCAACAGUUCUGCCUCAUACCCUAAAAUACAAAUGGGUUGUUAGUGCAUGUAUCUGCACCAAACGUAAUAAUGUAGGCUACAAUAAAUAGGUACAAAUACAUGUAAGCAAACAGACUUCAUGUUAUAUCUUCAAAUAUUCUGUAAAAAUUGAAGAAAUGUACACUCAGAUACUGCAACUUGAAUAAAAUUUCUGCAUACACCCUU